AUAAAAGAGUUGUUAUGUCAUUAGUGAAGUUAACUCUGACACUUUUCAUUUUAUUUAUUAUAAAUAAUAAUGAAGCUGCGAAGAUUUUGGCAUUGUAUCCCUGUCCAUCAAUCAGUCACCAAGUUGUGUUUCGACCAAUCACACUUGAAUUAUUAAAGCAAGGACAUGACGUCACUGUAAUGACACCAUAUCCAAUGUUUAAAAACGGCGAGGGACCUGAGAAUCUAAAAGAAAUCAAUGUUUUCGAUGUUACUUUUGGAAUUUACUUUGAACAUUUCGUCAACGCCGUGACUGGCAGUAAGUCUGAUUUGUACAUGCAAUUUGUAAACAUGACAUCAGCCAUACAUUUAUCAUCGGCAGCGCAAAUGAAUGUAAAGGAAUUCAAAGAUCUUAUCAAAGACUCAUCAACGAAAUAUGAUUUAAUUUUUGUAGAAGCUCUGUACACGCCGUUUCUUGGAAUAUCGCAUAUAUUUAAAGCUCCAAUAAUUAUGAUCAGUUCGUUUGGACCUUACAUAGAUACGUAUGACGUCAUCGGUUCGCCAACGCAUCCUUUUUUAUAUCACCACAUGUAUCGCCAGAGACUGUACAAUUUGACAUUAUGGGAGAAAGUCAGUGAACUAUACAUGAAUUUAAGACUUCAGAAAGUACUUUAUGAUGCUGAAGAUAAAAACAAUAGACUUCUAAAAGAAGUAUUUGGACCGACUACUCCACCGUUGAGUGUUUUAAAAAGUAAUGUGGACUUAGUGCUACUGAAUAUUCAUCCAGUUUGGGAAGGAAAUUAUCCAGUGCCUCCAAAUGUUAUUUAUAUGGGAGGGUUACAUCUAAACUCUCCUAAAGAAUUACCAAAUGAACUAAAGGAGUAUCUCGAUAAUUCAACUAAUGGCGUUAUCUACUUCAGUUUUGGAUCUAAUGUUAGACCUUCAAUGUUGCCACAAGAAAAGUUUGCGAUUUUCACAAAAGUAUUUUCUCAACUACCUUACAACGUCAUAUGGAAAUGGGACACAGACGAUUUCAAAGUUGACUCUCCCAAUAUAAAAGUAUACAGUUGGUUACCACAAUCGGAUUUGUUAAGACACCCGAAUGUUAAAGUGUUUAUAACUCAAGGUGGAUUACAGUCGACCGAUGAGUCUAUAAUUGGUGGAGUACCACUUAUUGCGUUCCCAAUGCUAGGGGAUCAAUGGUACAAUGCAGAAAAAUAUACUCAUCAUAAAAUCGGGAUAAAAUUAGACUUCGAAAAUCUAACUGAAGAGAAAUUGAAGAAUGCAAUUAUUGAAAUAGUCGAGAACAAAAGUUAUAAAGAGAAUGUAGAUCGUCUACGUUCUCUGAUGCAAGAUCAGUUACAACCACCGUUGGAGCGGACCAUGUGGUGGAUAAAUUACGUGCUCAGACACGGCGGAGCAAAGCAUCUCAAAUCUCCGUCAGCAAAUUUGCCAUGGACUGAAUACUACGAAAUUGAACUAGUUUCUGUGAUAAGUCCACCAUAUGAGGUUUAAAUCCAUUUCUUGGCCAGUAAGUUACGUCCACUUUUAUGCGGGGGG